AAUUCAUAUAAAUGGAAGAAGACCCAAAAGAUUUGUCACAUAUCUCACUAGAUGAGACAAAAGACUACUUCUUUGGUAUCAGACAUGGUCAAAGAGCAGAUAAAGAUGGAGAGCAUUACGAUGAUGUGCCCCUAACAGAGCACGGGAAAGAGCAAGCAGCAGCUGCUGGGAAGUUACUCAGUGAACUUUUUGCAAGGUCCAAAAUCACAAAAAUUACAUUUAUAGCCUCUCCUUUCCUAAGGACUCUUCAGACUGCUAAUGAAGUUGCCAAGGAAUGUGGUCUUAAGGACCUCAAGAUAGAUCUGGAAUUCAUGGAAUCCCUUUACCCUGAGUUCAACGAGUCAAAUCCUUUGGUCAAGCUCGAAUCAAGGAAUCUGAGUGCUGAAGAUAUGCAAGAGAAAUACCUAGAUUCAGGGAUAACAGUCCAAUACCCAACAGAGGAAGAAUGGAAGCAAGCAGAUGAGGUAUUUCCAGAGCCAAUUGGAGAAGACUUCAAGAGACUCUUCAAUGGAUUUGAAAACGUAAUUUCAAAAUACCCUUCUGAAGGCAAAGAAGGCAGCAAUGUUGUCAUCCUCGUCGGUCAUGGGUCUAUGUUGAAAUGCAUCACCGAUUUCAUAGAAGAAAGCGAUAAAGUCGUUGAUUACUGAAGCAUUGGUGCACUUGAGUAUGAUAGAGAAGGAAAUAAAUCCUUACUUAUCAAUAGAUUCUGAGGACAUGUUACAAGAGAUGAGGGAUGGAAAUUAGAUCCUGUUCUCCAUGCUUGUGUUAUUUAA